CAGAAACCGGGGACGCCGGAGUGCCCGUGCCCUGCGCACUCAGCCCCGAGGCGACUAAGGGCUUUGCAUUGUCCCUGUGCCCAAGGAUGACCCAUUUUGCUUCUUGGACUGAACUGAACAUCCUGAGACUCAGUCAUGGCCGAGUACGGGACCCUCCUCCAGGAUCUGACCAACAACAUCACUCUUGAAGAUCUGGAGCAGCUCAAAUCAGCCUGCAAGGAGGACAUCCCCAGUGAGAAGAGUGAGGAGAUCACAACAGGCAGUGCUUGGUUUAGCUUCCUGGAGAGCCACAACAAGCUGGACAAAGACCACCUCUCCUACAUUGAGCACAUCUUUGAGAUCUCUCGCCGUCCUGACCUGCUUACUAUGGUGGUUGACUACAGAACCCGUGUUCUGAAGAUCUCCGAGGAGGAUGAGCUGGACACCAAGCUAACCCGUAUCCCCAGUGCCAAGAAGUACAAAGACAUUAUCCGGCAGCCCUCUGAGGAAGAGAUCAUCAAAUUGGCUCCUCCACCGAAGAAAGCCUGAGCAAGGGGGAGGAAGAGGAGGAAGGUCGGACCUUCAUUGGACCACUCCCUUCUCCCAUCCUGCAGGGAAGGGGGCAAGGGCAACCCUCCCCCCUAAAUCUACCCACCUACUAACCUGGUCCUAACCCCCUUACUGUGCGCGUGUGUGUGCGUGUGCGCACGCUCUGGCUGUCUGUCUACAUGUCUAGCUCAUUUAGCUCCUCUUCCUCGUGAGGGGCUGGGGGUCAGAGGCUUGGGGGGACUGUUUCCCCACUCUAGGGGGAGGUAGGGGCUACUUCUAUGCAUACAGAAAUGGGCAUAUUCCUCCUAUUGCCCCUUCCUCCACUCUCCCCAACAUCUCUCAAGUGUAGGAGCAGAAAGGACCUGCAUUUUCCUACACUGAGCAGCUGAGGUGGGGGUGAGGUACAGGAGAGGUAAGUGGAUCUAACAAAGAGCAGUGGGAGGGAAGGUGAAGAGGCUACCCAACCGCCACCGGGGAGGAGCAAAGAAAAGCCAGAGUUCACUGUCGGUAACCCACACUGUACCCCUCUUAGGGGCCUAGGCUGGGUAUAAGCCAGGGAUCUAAUGACAGAAGACCACUGGAUUCUUUCCUGGCCCCAAAGUUCAAACUCCACUGAGCACCCAUCUUUAGGUAACCCUCCGCCCACCUCUGCCCUGGAGAGACUGCUGAGAGAAUGCCCCACUUAGCAAGCUGGGGCUGAGGGACAGAGAGGGAGCCCCUUUUCCACUCCUUUAUUCCUACUCAGACUGUUGCACAUACUGACCUAGGGAGGUUGGGGAAUGAGAUUCCUAGGAUUUAACUCCAAUUCUGCCCCCAUCUACAGGGUCCUGGUGUGGUUUUGUAGGCAACCUUCCCUUCCUCCCUGGUCUAGAACACUGCAAGCUCGAAAGAAGGGAAGAAGUUAACUAGUGUUUCCUUUGCACCGAUCCCCAGCUCAAUCCAGUAGGGGACUUGAUAACACUCUCCCAAUACUCUGGCGACUUGGGCUUGUGAUCGCCUCUGAGACAGAUCGCUAGAGUACAGUGACCCCAGCCUCCUGCCUGUUCCAGGAUGCCCUUCCCUAUCCUGACCGUGCUAACUGUGUGUACAUAUAUAUUCUACAUAUAUGUAUAUUAAACCCGCACUGCCAUGUCUGCCCUUUUUUGUGGUGUCUAGCAUUAACUUAUUGUCCAGGCCAGGGUGGAGGUGGGAGGGGGAAUGCCACAGUGGCAGAGUCAAAUUGCUACAUAGUCAAAACAAAAAGAAAACUUUUAAACUUUAAAUUCACAUGCAAUCUCAAGACACUAUUCAGAGAAAGUUCAAGUUAGGGGCUUUUAGGAUGUGGGAGCAAAACUCUAGUCGGAGGGGAGGGCUGGUUGAUGGAAGAAGGAAGAAGCCAGACUGGUUGGAGAGCACCCUCUACUCCUACCCUAGCCCAGCCUGUCUGUCCCCUCUGGCCACUGCUGCGGACACCUGCCUUAACACAUGCACCUCGAGUUCUCCAGUUUUGCCUUAAAGGACCUCCCCAAGUUCCCCCAACCCUGUCUGGCUUCUCCCUCAAGGAGAGAUACUUAUAGAAUUGGGAGGGGGAAAUGAAUUGUCUUUCCAGUCAGGAUAUGAAAGAGCAAGAGAGAGAGAGAACAUGAAUGAGAAUAGGGAGCCUUCCUUUGAAGAGAGGAGAGGAUGAGAUGGGAGAAGGAAGACAGAGUCAUUUUUAGCAGUCUAGUAAUUUCUCUGUAAGGCAAAAUAAUCUAAAAAGACUAAUCUGCCCUCCCACCCCUGUACUGCUGUGAGACUGCUCCGUCCUGUGCUCCUGCGUGUGAUGUGCACGGCCUUGUUCUAACCCUGGAAUAAAGGUGAUUGACUGUAAAUGUA